AUGCAGGAUGCUCUGGAGGAGUUUGGCGGAACUCCUGAAGAAGUCAGGUAAGAUCAGAAACAAGUAGCCUAUUACGAGACAUGCAGGUACAAAAGCGGUUCCCCUUGGUGCGUGCGCGCCCCAUAGUAGGGCGUCUAAGAUAGCAAGAUGGCAACGGCGACGAAAACAUCAAUAAAAAAAUACUAAUUUUGCAUUCUUUUAACCUUUAUCGCGAUUAUACCAGGCUUUCGCUCACUUUGUCUGGUGAUGAAUUCCGAAGAACUCAAUCUAAGUUUAAAAAGAGAAAGAAAAAUUCGUUGUCAUUUGUUUACGUCCACUAUAAAACUUUGAAAUACGGCAUUUUGACUUCGUAGUCGUUCAGUAACGGCAAAGAAAUGCACCAAUAGUAGAGAACAGCAUUGUUUUUUCAGACCUUCUCGUUUCCGUCGCCGUCGUUGCUUAUCAUCUGUCUUUCUUAUGCUAAUCUGUGCCACGCAUGCUGAGUAGCAAUGUGAACUGUCUUUUGCUAACCUGUCGAGUUUGAGUGGUCACCAGGUAGUUACUUCAUCAUAUCAAGCCAUUUACAAUGGACUAAUGGAGCUUUUUCUGGCACUGAACAUUUAUUAAAGCCCCGUACACACGUAUCAGGAUAUUUUUGUAAACGAAUAUGGGCUGGGAUUUCGAAACAAUGUGCGUCUGCACGUAGCGUAUUCCUAUCGUUUUUACCCCUCCACGCGAAAACGCUGAAACCAUGGAAAUACGAUAGCAUCCCUUACAGGGUGUUCGUAUUCAAGCAACCUCCGUUUUCGUCCGUCCACGCGUAAACGAAAAGCCCGCGUUUUCAAUAAAACUCCACGCAGGGGACCGUUUUCGAAAAAUCGCCGUUUGCAUGUGAACAGAAGCCUAAAACGGAGAAAAAAAUCUCCGUUUUAAAAAUAUCCGGAUACUUGUGGAGGGACCUAGAGUGUUCUCUGUAUAUUGCAAAGGGUCUUUUUAAUGACGUUUUGGGUCUGUCAGCUCCAAAUCCGAACCUCACUCAUUUACCAUUUUUACUUCAGGGUACAGAUAUCUAAUGCAGAUCUUGUUCUAAAGAAUGGAGAUAUAGAGCAAGCCCUGACCAUACUACGACAAAUAACACCCCAACAGAGGUAAGUGUGGUCGAGGGACGUCUAAGUAAAGUCAUUCCUUAAGCUACGGUAAAACCAGGGGUAAAACCGGCGACAAAAUUGUGCAACAAAUCAGCGAAAGGCCCGGAAACUCAUUGCUUUUUUCGGGCCCGAAAGGCAACUUUUAAAACUAAACCUGUUGAAUAGUAGCACAGUUCCUGGCUCACAAACCGAUCAAUUUGCUUCGUUAAAUGAAACUUUUAUUAUAUCAUUUUCAAAAUUAUUGGAACCUUGAUAUUGAAUGCAAACACGACAAACACGAAACAGCUUUUCGGGGCCGAAAAGUUAUCGGGACAUUUGAGAAACAUUUCGCUGAUUGGCUAAAACUACGCCGGGGUCAAACCAUGCACACGAGUUACGUCAAUUUCUGUCAAACAAGUUUGUCUUGAGCGGGUAAGACGCGCAACUUGUACAGGUUUUCUUUUCAAAAGUAGAACCUGCAUCCUGAUUUGUUGAUGUAAGAAAGGUUUGAUUCGUUAGUGGUAAAACGCGUAACAACGCUUUUCAACUCUUUUUGUUGUAAUGUUGCCAAGCAAGUUCCGGUUUACCGUACUGUACGUUCACCGCCUUUCAUCGGAACCUGCUCCGCUUUGCGGCUUGGUGCAUCUACUGUGUAUUGUCAUGAUUUAGCGAGGGUCACUUAAAGAAAAAUGACUUAUCCCCAUUAAAAUAAGCAGACGCUGUGCAGUGUAUGGAAGUUGUUGACUAAGUGUCUUUUUCUACGGAGCUCUUGAACUAACGUUAUUGGCCUGCGAGCAAGCUCUCCAUUUGGGGGGAUAUCGUGAAAGUAGACGCGCGAGAGGCACUCAAGAGAAGACGGUGGUAUUUCCCUUUGUCCGGGCGAAAUACAAAUGAACGUUUAUUAGAGAUCGUUGCAAGCUCUCCUUUCCUCGGUCCCUCGAAGCUUCGCCGCUCGCUCGCACGUUCUCUCCCGACUCGCUUCGCUCGCCCAAACAGGAGAGCUUGCUCGCAGGCUAUAACGUUAUAGACUUCCUGCCAUAUGUUUUUACAGCCUCAGGAUUCCUCUUUAACUGACCCUGCUCUAGCUACUGUGUAUGUAUUGUGUAUAAUGAAAGAGUUAUAACGCUGUUUACUUCAACUCUGUCAGAAGUCUGGCUGUUGGUCAUCCAAGAGGUUACCUCCUAGCACUCUUGCUUCAGUUUCUUUUGUUAAGUUGUCAGGCGACUGCAAAGGAUUACGAGUAGCGAAGAGUAAUUGUAGUUAAUCAGCUUCACGCAGACUUGUAUUUUUUUCUGACAGUUACUACAUCAAGGCUAAGGAGAAGAUGGCUGAUAUAUAUCUUCAUCAUCGCAAGGACAAGCGUUUAUAUGCCAGUGUGUACAGGUUAGACACAGUCAUUUUCAGUUUUCUUUCAUUAGGGAACUUAGAGUGGAUUUCCACUGUCGCGUAAUUUUUCCGUGCGAACGCGCGUAAAUGAAAUAGAGGCAGUGUAUGAAAGGCCACGCGUAAACGUGAAAGUUGAGCGAGAUUCAACUUUUACGUUUAUGCGUGACCUUCCAUACCUUGUCUCCCUUUCAUUUACGCGCGUGAAAUUAACGUGCGUACGCACGUAAAAAUUACGCGACGGUGGAAAUCAACCCUUUAGCAUCUACGACGGCGACGCGACCGAGGACGGCAAAUAAGCAAUAGGGUUAGGUUGGCAAGACAACUACUCUGCACGUGUCACGCUUUUUUGUGCAUUUCUGUGCCGUCUUUACACGUGUACGACUUGAAACUUCCUAAUUUCACGUUUUGUGGAGGACGAGACCCCACAAGACAAACUCCUGAAAAAAUCGCCUACCUAUGAAAAACUAGAAGAGUUGGAAUAAUAGCGAUGAAAUUUAAAACAGCGUGAAUCUCAUUUUUGGGUGAAGUUUUCGCUGCCGUUGCCGUCAUCCAUUCACUUUGAAUCCGAAGAUAACUACCGCACAGGUUGUCGAAACGUUAGUCAGCAACAACAGUCCUAUUCAUGACUACGUUCACCUGAACGAUCAUGCUCAAACUACAUGUACUUACUGUCUAAUUAUGUUAAACGAUGUUUGGGGUGCUUAAGUACCCCCCUUCUCUUCUCCGUUCAAUAAGUCAGUCGUUAUCGACCUAAACAAGUCUUGUUAGAGCCAUACGGUCGGUUAUUAAAACAGUGUUUAGUUAGUGUUGCACUGAAAAAAGCGCAUACUUAAUCAUUUUCAAUUUGCCCAAACCCAAUUUCUAAAAAGAGUCUACGUUUGCGGCAGGCGCACAUAUAGCGCAAAGUGAAAAAAAUAUUUUUCCACUUGGUAUAACCCAUUCACGAAUCGAACAGAACUAGAGAUCCGCUGAUUUUGUUAAACUACUUUCUAAGUUAGAGCCCAUACGAUCCGAGACGCCUGCAGCACGUGCCGGACUUUUUAAAAAAAUACUGCUGGGUUUAAUUCAUUUGCAGUGUCUCGUUUCAUUGUUGUUCUGUAUGUGCAAGUUUGAUAUUAAAAGGCGAGUGGACAUGCAGUGCCAAACAACUGCCCAUUUCGACUUCUGUGCCAACUUAGCAAAAAGGGAUACAAAAUAUGUUUUAUACCUGAAAAGUGCUGUAUUAAUUUGCUAAUUUCUUGCAGGGAACUUGUUGAUAAGAACCCAAGUGCUCAUACCUGUCUGUUAUUGGGGGAUGCUUAUAUGAGUAUACAGGAGGUAAGUGAAGGAUGUGCUUACUUAAAGCUUCAGCCUCUGAAAUACUGAAAAAUGAUGUGUAUAAAAUACAUUUACAAGCGGAUAGUGUCAUCAAAAGUGUUACUAUAUUUCAAUGUUUACAUUGAAGGAACGGUUCUACAAUAAUCUUCCAGCGAUCGUUCUUUAGCUACGAACUAACAAACAAAAAUAACGUAGUCAAUAACGUAAUCAACUCAACGAAAACCUUGUCGCAAACUUCACCAGAGGACAGACACUAGAAGAGUACCUUACACCAAGUAUCAACUGAUGAUGUACAGUUUGUAAUAACUAUUUAUGAUUACCGAAUUUGCUACCCUGGAUACCAGAGGUUUUCUUUGGCGCGCGGCAGGAUGCUUCGCGGUCGACCGCAAGCCGACGGAUCUUCGGCAGAAGGGCGAAGCUGUGUGGAGCACUGUAGAGACUUGACCGAAACAGGAAACCGCGCUUUAAAAGUCUCCAGCACCCAAGGUACAAAUGUUCUGAUCAGGAAAAACGAUUCAUAACAAGCAAUUUGCCCAAAUUGAACGCCUCAGUAAUGCAGCUGGUGAACACGCUCUCUGUUUGGGAAAAUGGUCCCUCUCCUCAAGAUUUUUUCACCCCUUCCUCAAACAGAGAGCCUGUUCACAGGCUACAGCAAUGUUGUUGACCUAUUCUUUCUUCUUUGGCAGCUCAACAAUUGCAAUGCAAGUCAUGAAUUUGAUCACUGUGUAAAAAGGAUUAAAACGUUAUGUAACAGUUUUGUUUUCUUCUUGUGUAAUUCAGCCUGAAAAAGCAAUUGAAGUGUACGAGACAGCACUGAAGAAAAACCCCAGGGACGGUGCACUGGCGAGCAAAAUAGGACAGGCGUUGGUUAAGACACAUCAUUACGGCAAAGUGAGUGAUCAUUUCUUUAUAAACACAGGCACCUCGUCAUUAAAUACUUAUAAGGACCCUUCAACAAAGACGACAGCGGCAGUAACGAGAACUUCAAAGCAAUAGCUUUGGAUGGGCAAAACAACAACUUUUCACGUACAGCACACUUUUUUGUACAUUUCUUUGCAGUCACUGCACGACUACGGCGUGAAUGUGCAUAAUUUCACGUUUUGUGGAGGACGUAAACACAAAACAACGACUUAAUUUUUUUCCUGAACUUCUAUAGAGUCUUUUAGAAUUCAUUUCCAGAAAAGUUAUUCACAAAAUAAGCGCGAUAAAGUUUGAAGCAGCGGGAAUUCACUUUUUAAGUAACGUUCUCGUAGCCGUCUCCGUCGUUGUUGUUUAAAGCCCUGUGCAAACGGACGCAACAUUGUUGGCCAACAAAUGAACUCCCAACGUUGUUGGAUGUUACAUGUUGCGUUCGUUUGCACACCCUGUUGCAUGUUGUUGCGUGUUUUUGGGAGUUGGUCAGUUGCGCAAAGUUUGAAACUGGUCAAACGUUUAGCUACGUGCAAACGGAUGCAGCUAGUCAACACUGUUGGCUGAACAAUGAUAGGAGUUGUUGCGUCCGUUUGCACUCAGUACCUUGAGCUCCCUUACCUUAUGCCCCAAACGUAAAUAACACUCAGUCAUUAUUGCCCAUUGCCUCGCUGGUACCCUUGGGUGUAUUAUCAGAUUUUCAAUGCAGUACUGAAUAUGGCCGACUCCGCCGGCUUCUGAAAGGACCACCUCUUUAUCUCGUGGUUAUAUAUAUUCACAGUGUGACUCAAACUUAAAACCUCCUUUUCUCUUUUCUGUUUUUACAGGCGAUCAAUUACUACGAGGCCGCCUUGAAAUCGGGACAGCAAAACUUUUUAAGGUUUGUGCUUUUUUGGAGCGUCUCUGUUUUGGGUGCCUUGUAUCGUUACGGUCGGCUUUCAACAUCUGAGUUUUCUUUUCAGAUACGACUUGGCUGAGUUAUAUCUUAAGUUGAAAAACUACGACAAAGCAGACAAAGUCAUCAAGUCAGCUUUGGAGCAGGAAAAAGGUACGAUGAUUAAGUAA